CAUCAGACCUGGUAUAAUGCCGUCAGUGAUCUCAAGUCGGGUAAAACACCUCUUAUCCUAGUUAAUGGGCCGCAAAAUUCCAGCCAGGAAUAUAUGUUGCGGGUGACCUGAUUCGAUCCAGGAGCAUUGCUGGUAUCGCUUACCAUUCAUCAUAGGCCUCAUACGGUUCUGAUGUCGACAGGGUAUGUGCAAUCGUACGAUCAAUAGUCGUGUUGACAUAGCAUGGACUCAAUAUGCCUUUCUACGAUACACUUGGAAGUGGCCGGUCGACACAUCUUCCGGAAGCCCCGGAAGACUUCUGGACACAAGAGCUAUACAUGAAUGAGCUCGAGAAUCUCGUCUCUCAUCUUGGGAUCUCCGACUCAUUCAAUAUUCUCGGGCACUUUGGGGGGGUAGGCCCCUACUGGCGUUCCUGUUCAUUCUUUUCAAGAGCCAACUGUAGUCAAGGAAUGCUCGCAGGACAAUAUGUGGCAACACGUUCACCGAAAGGUCUCCGACACUUAAUCGUCGUCCGUGCCAUUGCCUCCGUAGAAGGUGGAAAAGUUCUCUAUGGGAAAAAUCGCCUUCAAUCCAUCUUCGUGUCUCAUCGCAACCCGUUGUGGACCUGGAAAUAUCAGACGUCGCUGUGGAGGAUAUCAUGACGACCUGGAGAGCCAUGGUGGAGGAUAAAACCAUCUGGAAAACAAUGUUCGGUGGAAUAGUCGAUACCCGUCCGAUACUUGAAAUAAGAGGGACCCUCAGCGACUGGUCCAUCGUGGAUAUUUUGAGGCGCAUUUCAUGUACGAUGCUUUGUAUCUUCGGAAUGAACGAGGAUAGAUUCAAGGCAUGGAUGACUGUUCCAGACACAAGGUGGGUGAAAUUUGAGAACUCUCUCAAUUUCCCAAUGUAUGAAAGGUGUGAACAGUACAGUACGUCUUUCCUUGCACUAUCAUUGCCCUUACUUAUUCUCGUGACAUCAUACGGGUACCUACGGACAGCGGCAGAUUUCUUGGAAGCUUCAUGA